AUGAGCGGGUCAAGUCUGCCUUCGGCAGCUGCGGGACCGUCAUCCCUCCGCACCGCCCCAUCCUACGCCGGCAGAUGGUCCAAACUUCAACCGCCACUCACGCCGUUCAUCAGCUCGCUCCUCUCCUCCCUGCAAUUUCACCAGAUGACCCCCGUGCAGGCAUCCACCAUCCCGCUGUUCCUCGCGCACAAGGACGUCGUUGUUGAAGCGGUAACUGGGUCGGGCAAGACACUUGCCUUUGUAGUGCCGGUGUUGGAGAUGCUGUUGCGACGCGGGAGCAGGUUGAAGAAGGACGAGGUGGGGGGAUUGAUCGUGAGUCCGACGCGGGAGUUGGCCGAACAGAUCUAUGGCGUGGUUACGAUGUUUCUCGCUGCACAGGAGCAACCUCUCGAGGAGCAGGCAGAUGAAGAAGAAGCCGAAGAGGAGCAGGAUAGUGACAGCGAUUCCGACACGCCCGCUCGAACACCAGCCAAGAACCCAACGACACGACGAACAACCCGCAUCUCAGGCGCCCAACUCGUUGUGGGCGGCUCGAAAAGCACCCCGCUCGACGACUACCGUUUGUUCCGCGAUACCGGUCCCGACAUCCUGAUCGGCACCCCGGGUCGACUGGAAGAGCUGCUCACCCGCAAAGGUGUCAAGAAGGGCUCACUCGAAGUGCUCGUCCUCGACGAAGCGGAUCGACUGCUCGACCUAGGUUUCACCGAGACGCUGCAUCGCAUCCUCUCUCUCCUGCCCAAACAGCGGCGCACCGGUCUUUUCAGCGCCACCAUGACAGAUGCCUUGGGCGAACUGGUUCGUAUGGGACUCCGCAACCCCGUGCGCGUCGUCGUCAAGGUCGAAUCCAAGACGCAAAAGGAGGAAAGAAGGACACCGGCGAGUUUGCAAAAUAUGUUCCUCGUCAGUCGACCGGAGAACAAGCUCGCGCAACUCCUCCGUGUGCUCCUGUCGGAGGGACGGGAAGGGGCCAAAAAGUUCAUUGUCUACUUUGCAACGUGUGCGCAGGUCAACUACUUCUCCCUCAUCUUGACGCCUCUCCUCCGUCAGCAGGGGAUAGCACUGCAUGCGCUGCACGGCAAACAAACACCCUCAAAACGCAAAACCUCUUUCGAAUCGUUCGUCACUUCGACUUCAGGAGGAAAGGGAGGCGCAACCGUGUUGUUCUGCACCGACGUCGCGGCACGAGGGUUGGAUCUGCCGGAUGUCGAGGUGGUGGUGCAGUACGAUCCGCCGGUGGAUCCCAAGGUUUUUUCGCAUCGAUGUGGACGCACCGCGCGUGCUGGGAGGAGGGGGAGGGCGAUCGUGAUGCUGCAUGCUGGGCGAGAGGAGGAUCUGGUUGCGUACUUGGGCGUCAAACGCAUCCCGUUGGCAGCGUAUGCUUACCUUGAUUCGAGGCUCGAACCGACGCCAGAACCAGAGACCGAUCCCGAAGCACGGGAGCUUGAGCAAACCAUCCGCAGCAUGUCGCUCGGCGAUAGAGAGGUGUACGAUUCGUCCCUCCGUGCAUAUGUUUCAUAUGUGAGGGCGUAUAGUCGGCACGAGAUGGCGUACAUCUUCCGGCUGGCGGAUCUGGACCUGGGUGGGGUGGCGAGGGCGUUUGGCCUGAUCCGCUUGCCUGCGAUGCCCGAACUGCGCGCGCAGAAGGCGAAGGGCAUGGUGUAUGACGAGGUGGAAGGUGUGGAUUUUGCCAACAUACCGUUCAAGGAUAAGGUCAAGGAGCGGGCUAGGCUGGUCAAGAUCGAGGAGGCGAAGGCUGCGAAAGUCCAGCAGGAGGAAGAGGCGGCGAAGAAGGACGAGGGCAGCGGGGAGAGCUCAGACGAGGACUCGGAUGCGGAUGAAGGCUCGAAGAAAAUUCGAAAGCGCAGAAAGGCUACCACAGGCGAAGCAUGGUCCGCGCAAAAGGAGCGCAAGGAGCAUCGCGCCAUUCGCAAGGAGAAGCGCGCCGCCAAGAGGAUUUUCCUCAAAACCCAUCCCAUCGGUCAACAAAAGGAGGAGGAAGAGGAGGACGAUUGGACCGAGGAAUAUCGCAAACUCAAGAAGCAGAAGCGGCAGGCGAGGCGGGCCAACGGCAACCACGACGACGAUCAGGAGGGAUCGGACAGCGACGACGACAGUGCGAAGGACGCCGUCAAGGAGGAACCGUUCUUCGUCAUUUGA